GUGUGUGCGCAUAUGUUCGUGUGUGUAUGUGCCUACUGUAUGUUUGCUUAUUUGCGAGUAUGAUAUGCCUUUCAGUAUGUGUGUUACUGUCCCUGUUGUCCCAGGUUGUCCACUGUGUUUCUUAACCCUUUGCUGCCCAUACGUGGUUCGAGAGGAUCAGUAUCAUGGUGAUUCUGCUCAACUGUGUCACCCUGGGGAUGUACCAGCCCUGUGAGAACAUCGACUGCACUUCAGACCGCUGCCAGAUACUACAGGCGUUUGAUGCGUUCAUCUACAUCUUCUUUGCGUUGGAGAUGGUGGUGAAGAUGGUGGCGCUGGGAAUCUUCGGGAGACGCUGUUACCUUGGCGACACCUGGAACAGACUAGACUUCUUCAUCGUCAUGUCUGGGAUGGUGGAGUACUCGUUGGACCUGCAGAACAUCAACCUCUCAGCCAUUAGGACAGUCAGGGUCCUCAGACCCCUCAAAGCCAUCAACAGAGUCCCCAGUAUGCGUAUCCUGGUGAAUCUCCUCCUGGACACACUGCCCAUGCUGGGAAACGUCCUCCUGCUUUGUUUCUUCGUCUUCUUCAUAUUCGGCAUCAUCGGAGUGCAGCUGUGGGCGGGAUUACUGAGGAACCGAUGCUACCUCGAGGAAAACUUCACCCUUUCGUCAGGUCUGACCCUACCCGCGCCUUACUACCAGCCGGAGGAGGAUGACGAGCGCCCCUUCAUCUGCUCUCUGGCCCAGGAUAACGGGAUCAUGUCGUGUGGUGACGUCCCGGCCCGGAGGGAGGGGGGAAGGACCUGCUGUCUGGACAGGGAGGAUGCCUACCACCGCCAGUCCCUGGGGCUCAUCCCUGAACCACUAGUCAACAGUUCAGCCAGUGCAGUGGGUCUCUGUAUCAACUGGAACCAGUACUAUACUAGAUGCCAUACUGGACAUAAUAAUCCACACAAGGGGGCGAUCAACUUCGAUAACAUCGUAUACGCCUGGAUUGUUAUCUUCCAGGUGAUCACCCUGGAAGGCUGGGUAGAGAUCAUGUACUAUGUAAUGGAUGCUCACUCCUUCUACAACUUCAUCUACUUCAUCUUCCUCAUCAUCAUUGGCUCGUUCUUCAUGAUCAACCUCUGUCUGGUGGUCAUCGCCACCCAGUUCAGUGAGACCAAGCAGCGGGAGCACCAGCUGAUGCAGGAGCAGCGGGCCCAGUGCCUGUCCUCCUCUACCCUGGCCAGCCUGCAUGAACCGGGGGACUGCUACGAAGAGCUCUUCCAGCUGGUCUGCCACAUACUGCGCAAGGCCCGCAGGAGGUCUGUAGCCCUGUAUAACCAACUGAGAGGAAGGCCUCUGCCACCACCGCCCACUAGAGGGAGAGGAAGAGGAGGAGGAAGAGGAGGAGGGAGUGCGAACGGAGGGGAAAGGCAUCACCUGAGGCAGCCACGCCAAUCUCCCUGUCCUCACCAAAGCAAGCUGGACCUAGUCCACAGCUCCCAACCCCUGGGCAACUCCAUCGCCCUGGCCGUCCCUCAAAACACAGAGGACUGCCCUCAGUGCGCUGCGGCACUGUCACUCAGGGAGGGGACGGGAGCUGUGGGCGACUCGGCCAAUGGGGAGGAGGAGGAGGGGGCUGUGGAGGAGACGGACAGGGAGGAGAACCACUUGGAGGAGAAAGUGGAAGAGGGGGAGGGAGUGAAGAAGAAGAGGAAGAGGAGGUCGUGUUUUGGACACUGUAAGGACAUGUGGGAUGAGAUGAGGAAGAAACUUUGGGGCAUCGUGGAGAGCAAAUACUUCAAUAGAGGAAUCAUGAUCGCUAUUCUCAUCAAUACUAUCAGCAUGGGGAUAGAACAUCACAACCAGCCGGAGGAGCUGACUAACGUGUUGGAGAUCAGUAACAUUGUGUUCACCAGUAUGUUCACCCUGGAAAUGAUCCUCAAGCUGACCGCCUUUGGCUUCUUCGCCUACCUGAGGAACCCCUACAACAUCUUCGACGGCAUCAUCGUCAUCAUCAGUGUGUGUGAGAUCAUAGGUCAGUCUGAUGGAGGUCUGUCUGUCCUGAGGACCUUCAGACUGUUGAGAGUGAUCAAGCUGGUGCGCUUCAUGCCAGCGCUACGCAGACAGCUGGUGGUGCUGAUGAAGACCAUGGACAACGUGGCCACCUUCUGCAUGCUCCUCAUGCUUUUCAUAUUCAUCUUCAGUAUCCUGGGGAUGCACAUCUUUGGCUGUAAGUUCAGUCUGAAGACAGACACUGGAGACACUGUUCCUGACAGGAAGAACUUUGACUCUCUACUGUGGGCCAUUGUCACUGUGUUUCAGAUUCUGACUCAGGAAGACUGGAACAUGGUGCUGUAUAAUGGAAUGGCCUCCACCUCUCCCUGUGCUGCUCUCUACUUUGUGGCUCUAAUGACCUUUGGCAACUACGUCCUCUUCAACCUGCUGGUGGCCAUCUUGGUAGAGGGCUUUCAGGCUGAGGGGGAUGCCAACCGGUCGUACUCCGAAGACGACAGGUCCUCAUGUAACUUUGACGAGAACUCUGACAAGCUGAAGGACUCUCUUCAUCUCUCUGACCCUAAGAUCUGCACCCUAACCCCCAACGGUCACCUGGACCUGUCCCCAACGCCCACGGGUCUGUACACGGCCGACAGGCUCACUUUCGCUCUGGGCUCACGCAAAAACAGUGUCAUCUCUCUGGGCAGGGCUAACCUGGAGGGCAGGGCUAACCUGGAGGGCAGGGCUCUG